AUGACUGACCCCAACAAAAGCGCAAGUGAGCCUCUAGCACAAAGAGCUGUCUCGGAGCAGCCUGCCCAAGAACCUUCCCAGUUGACCAUCGAAAAUGUUGCGGGGUUGGGAUUUGACAAUGAACUGAUUCGUUUUGCUGUCUUUCAUACGAAUGGAUCCAUUUGGGAGGCUGCCGAUGUGCUUUUAAGGUUCGAAAGUCGACCUGAUAAAGGAAAUGCAGUGGGACUUCUUGAAUUUGCCCUUUGGAUUGCAGAAAAUGACCAGAUUAAAGCUUUGAAGAUUCUUGCCAGAUUCCGUUCUGGUACUCUAACUCAAUCUGAUACACAUGGAACCGCCAUAUCAAGAAAAAGUAUUGAGAAAGCCAACAAUGAGACGACGCAGAAGCAGUCCACUUUAGAGGAAAUGGCGUAUGGAGGUAAAGGUCAAAACAAGGAGGUUGCGGAAAACGGAGAUGGGGCGUCCACUAUUACGAAUGCAGCCGAAGAAGCUAACGCUACGCUACCAUCAAAUAAGACGGCAAGUGUUGUUGAACCCAGGGAAGCUCCAACUUCAUGUUGGUCGCCGGAUAUUCAGUCUCGCCAAAGUAAAGGCAAAGAAGUUUCAUGGUCGUUGCGACGUGAUAUGAGGAGUAUCACAAGCUCACAUACACAGAAGACGACGAUGAAAGAAAGACAGCACGUUCUAAUGAGCAACAAUAGUCAGGGUGGUGAACCCCAGAAGACCACAAAUUCGAGCGAAAGCAAAAGCAACAUGGACUUAACAACAAUACAGACAGAAAUCAUCAUUGCGGGGCCAAUGUGCCAUACUGAAAUCAAAGCAAUCACAGCGGCUAUGAAGGAAGAAGCAGUUGACGUCAGGAAAGCCACAACUAACCCGGAAAAGAGUGCUUCUGGUAGCAGUAUCAAGCGCAAGCUGGAAAUUAUCGAAAUUUCUGAUGAUGAUGAUGAUGAUGAUGAAGAUGAUAAUGACGGAACCGACGUCGAUACUCAUGAUUCGUUCCAGCUGAAGGAAGAGAAUGGUGCCACAGAAAACAUCGCUGCAGAUAACGCUUCCGCAAAGAAUGGCUCAGUGGACGAUGAUAUGGUUGAAAGGUCCUCAAGUGGCUAUUACUACGAUUCUACACACGAGCAAGAACCGAACCUUUCACCUCUCGUGAACGAAAAGGCGUGGCGGGUUAAGAAAAAUGGCAUGGGCAGAGGAAAUUUUCCAGAAAUCCAAGUCGCAUAUAAGGGUCUCGGGAGAGAGACAUCCUUCCCAUCAUGGCGAGUGUUUCAGAAGAGGUAUUCAGGAGAAAUCAACUCUCGCCGUCAUUCGCAAAAAUCUCUUGAUUCUAGAAAGCAAGGCAUUUCCGGACCCCACAAAAUGCAUUCUAGAGGGAGCGAUAGCAUCUGCUACAAUCGAGUUCAAAUAUGGUUGCCAGCAUUGCUUAAUGACUCAUAA